CUGGAAGAAAAGGCUAACAACAAUGUGACAAUGCUGAGAGAGUGUGUGUUCCACUACUCGAGGUGUUUCAGCCAUCAAACGGACCAGCGUGGAAGCAUGCCUUUUGCAUGCAGUCCAUAAAGGCGGACAAUAAAUUGCAUCUUCACACGCGCUUCGACAGACCGGUGAUGGCAGAAUAAUUUCGCAGGGCCCCAUUGUGUUGUUCAGUAUAAAUGGAUGAUGGUAAAUAGUGGAAGCAGUUGAGGCGUGCGUGCUGAGCCGGACCGGUGGGCCCGUCCCGUGGCCAUGAAGUCCAGCCUGAAGCAGUGGCGGCGCCUGGCGCUGGGCCUGAUGCUGGCCUGGGUGCUGCUGUUCCUGGCCCUCUUCUCCUACUUCAUGGACUCGCGGGUGGAGGAGCCGCGCGCCGCCUCCGCCCUGCUGGCCCACGCCGAGAGCCGCCGCCUGGCCUCCGUCAGCGGGAGCGUCCGCGGGGCCGGGGGUGUCGGCGGCGGCGGUAGCGACGGAGGGCAUCAGCACCGCGCCAUCAUGGGCUCCCCGCGCCUCGACCUCCACCCGCGGGCCACCGCCUCGGCCGCGAGGGUCCCGCUGGCCUCCAUCUCCACCACCACUGCCGGCGCUGGCGGCGUCGCCGCGUCCAGGGAGCAGAGGGCCGGCGCCAGCCCGGAGCCGGGCCAGCAGCAGCCGCCGCCGCCUCCGCCCUCCAGCCGCGAGCAGCCGCCGCUGAGCCGCGAGACGGCGUACUACUCGCCGGACCCCCAGAGCCUGGCGGCGUGGUCGGCGUUCGGCACGCAGGACGUGGGCUCGCACUCGCGCUCGGCGCCGCGCAGCCGCGAGAACCGCCUCCCCGAGGGGGACGAGGACGAGGAGGAGUGGCGGCGCCAGCAGCAGCAGCAGCAGGAGGAGGAAGAGGAGGAGGCCGGCGGAGAGGAGGUCGAGGAGGAGGAAGAGGAGGAGGUGGUGGUGGGCGGACGGAGGUCGAGGAGGACGACCACGGCGGCGGCCAGCCCUGCCCGCGCGCACGCUGGCCGCUGGGAGGCGUCGGACGAGCUGGAGGAGUACUACUUCUCCAAGUCCAAGUCGGUGGUGCAGCGGCUGUGGCAGGGCCGCGUGUCGGCGGGCAUGCUGAGCCCGCGGCUGCAGAAGGCCAUGAAGGACUACCUGAGCGCCAACAAGCACCGCGUGGCCUACGGCGGCGCGCGCCAGGCGCAACGCAGCGCCCACCAGCUCAUGUGCCAGCUCAAGCGUCGCGUGCGCGUGCGGACGCUGGACGGCACCGAGGCGCCCUUCGCCGGCCUGGGCUGGCGCUCGCUGGUGCCGGGGCGGCCGCUGGAGCGCCUCUACGGCUCGGGCUUCGGAUCCUGCGCCGUGGUCACGUCCGCCGGGGCCAUCCUGCACUCGGGCCUGGGCAAGGAGAUCGAUUCCCAUGAUGCUGUUCUGCGGUUUAAUGCUGCCCCCACAGAAGGCUAUGAGCGGGACGUGGGGAAUAAAACCACUAUACGUAUCAUCAAUUCACAGAUCCUUGCCAACCCCAAGCAUCAGUUUAAUAGCAGCUCGCUUUACAAGAAUGUCACGCUGGUGGCUUGGGAUCCUGCACCCUAUGCUGUCAAUCUACACAAGUGGUACAUGAGCCCAGACUACAACCUGUUCUCUCCGUACGUGGAGCACCGGAAGCACUUCCCGGCGCAGCCCUUCUACAUCCUGCACCCGCGCUUCAUCUGGCAGCUGUGGGACGUGAUCCAAGGCAACACCCUGGAGAACAUCCAGCCCAACCCCCCCUCCUCCGGCUUCAUCGGCAUCCUCCUGAUGAUGGCGCUGUGCGAGGAGGUGCACGUGUACGAGUACAUCCCGUCGGUGCGCCAGACGGACCUGUGCCACUACCACGAGCGCUACUUCGACGCCGCCUGCACGCUGGGCGCCUACCACCCGCUGCUCUACGAGAAGAUGCUGGUGCAGCGCAUCAACACGGGCCCCGAGCGCGACCUCCGGACCAAGGGCAAGGUCACGCUUCCUGGAUUCAGCACUGUCCAGUGUGACCCCUGAGCUCGUUUGGCUUUGAAUGCCUCUUGGGUCAGAUAUUUUUUGCGAUUUCUUUGAAAGAAAAAGAAAAGGAAAGAAAAAAAACAUCCCUCUCUGCCAGACACACAGAAUAUUUUAAAAAGAGUUUUUUUUUUAAAAAAAGUGAUUGAAGGUGCAAUACCCAACCACACGAGAGGUGGAGGGACUCUUCAAGACAGAAAUUAGGCUCAUGACAGGGACGUCAUCCAUAGACUUGAAAAGGCAGAGAAAAAAAAAACUGUAAAUGGUCUGCUUCCAUAAGAAGGAAGUAGAACCUGUUUUUGCCCUCACUGAUUGCAUCUACUGAACUGACGGGGGAGGGGGAGGUAAAGGGUGUCUUAGGUUAGCAAUAGAGUUGUUUUUAAGAGAGUGUUUUACUCCUGACUUUGGUGUUUUGCUGUUGUGUCUGUGUCCUGUGAGAUUGCAAGGAUUAAGGGUAGCCUGACCGAAGGCAGUGAACCGUAAAAGAAGAUGUCUGCAGCUGAUAGGUCUGAUCGUGUAGCUCAGACCUGACCUUAAAUAGAACUUGGUUACCAUGGUCUGUAGGGGAUGGGAUUUUGUGGUAUUUUAAACUGAAUGUCUCUCAGUCACACCAUUUCAAAACACACACACACGCACGCACACACACCACAACGAGCAAAAAUAAAAAAUAAAAAAUUAAUUGCCAGAGGCCUCAUAACAAAGUCUAACAUUAGACUGCAGCCAAUAUUUCACCUUUUGUUUCCUUGCUCCAGUGGAAAUGGAGUGUCCUUACCCUCUCCCUGUCUGAUAAGCCGCUGGCGAGCAGAAGUGCAAUACACAGCCUGUGCCACUGAAGCCCCUUUGGCUGGAAAAGUGCGGCAGGCUGAUACUCCCAACUUGUUCAGCUAGCACUUUGUGUGAAAGCAGUCUCUGUUCUCACAGAGGGUGGAAGACUUAGACCUCCGUGAUUUAAGGACAGGAUUGUGGUCACCAAAGUGUCCAGACUUUUCACCCGUGCUCUGUUACGCAACUGAGUCCGAGUAUGUUGUUUCAGAACUUUGUGGAGACUUUGCUGAUAAUGAUGUUAUGGAGGCUCACAAGCCAUUUCAUGUGUCUUGAUAUGUGGAAAAUUGCGAUGGAAUUAUGGGAAAAUUAUCUUUUAACUGAAUGUCGUCCAUGAGUGAUGUAAAUAGAUUUUUUUUUUCUUAAAGAGUGUAAAGUCCACCCAUUCACCUGCCGUUUUUGUGUGUUAUGACAUGAAGUGUCCUCGUGUGAGGAAAGAGGUAUUUGUUUUAGGUGUUUGGAGGUAGGAAGGGAAUCAACUGGAGUUUUUUUUUUUUUAGUAUUGUAUAUAGCAGUUCUUGUAAGCAUUCACUCAGGUGUACAAAUCACUGCACAGCUCAACUUUGAUCAUGUCGUGCCAGAUGUUUUUCUUCUUUUUCUCAUCACUCUUUUUUUUAAAACAACAAAGAAGAGGUGCAGUUAAACUGACACUGAUUAAGAGAAAUCUUCAGCCUUCCGGGCCAAACCAGUGCCUGUGCCAGGUGGGCGUUGUCCACCUGAGGUUGGAUCAGGUGUAUUUAGGCCAGGUGGGCGUUGUUGUUCACCUGAGAUGGGAUCAGGUGUAUUCUGAGAGGAGGCACCUUACACCAGCUCUACUAAAUGUAGUUUCCUCAGGCCACCUCUGAGCACCAACGCCUCCAGACUAAUCCUGAACUCUACUGCAUUCGCCAUUGCUUCCAUUUUGUUUUCUUCCAUUCCUCUUCCUUUCUCUGCAUGACUGUGAUGGACAGAAGCUUGUUGAUGUAAUAAAGGAGAAUUAGGGGUAUGUGGAGAUGCAGUGGUUUAUAGGCUUUAGCCAGCAUAGCUCCAACAUCCGUCUUCCUCCACAGAACAUCCCUCAACACCCCACGCUUUUCCCCAGUGGAAUGCCAACAGAUUGCCUUCUCUCAGUAAAUGUCAGAAAAUUAUUAUUAUUAUUAUUAUUAUUAUUAUUAUUAUGGAUUAAAAGGAGACAUUUCUCACACAACAAUACAACAUUAAUGCACAUGUCCUUGAAAUCUUUCUUUUGGAGUUGCAUGAUGCCUAAACUGUUCAAAGAGGACACAGCUAGGUUUUAAUCUGAGAAUGUGGGUUCUCAUGGCAACAAUGCAAAUUCAUUACAUUUAAAAAAGGAUGUGUCACUUAUUGACAUGUUUAGACUACUAAAUGUAACAUAGUAGCCAAUUCCUGUAAUCCACAUACAUAGACUUUUUUUUAGGUUGAUACACCAAAAUGACCACCUUACAAACCCUGGUCAUUGACUAAGAAUUACCCAUUUCAGUUAAGCAAGAUGUACUCCAAACUAUUUUAUAUGUCAUAAAAACGUGUCUUUUGAGACUCGCGAAGAUUAGAAUUGCUGUUUUCAUAUGUUACUAGCAUUGUUGUGAUGGAUUUGUAAAAAAAUAAAGAAAAGAAAAGGAAAUAAAAAAAUAGUUCAUUGAAUUCAUAAUCAUAGUAAAAUGCGGAGAGCAUGCACUUGUUAGGAGGGCUGUAAACGUUACUUCUUGAUCAGUGUUCUUGCUGUAUGGAAACAUAAUAAUCUUAGCAUAGAAGUACUUUCACAUGGCAAACCUGAAGUGGCUAGACAAGGCAUACAAACCACACCACUGCUUCCACUGAACCAUUACCCAACAAGGGUAGCACUGUGCCUUGCAGUGCCUGAUCCAUUUUUACUAUUAGCUGUGUUAACCACAGUGUGUCCUGGAUUUAAUCUCCUCUUGCACGCUAUCCGUGUUUGCUUCAUUUGGACUGAAAUGACACCAGGUCCACUGCUGUAGGGUUUGCCGAAUUUCCACAACCCGACUGUAGCGCAGGACACCUAAACGACUCUGUUAGAUCCAUUGCACUGGAACAGAUAACAAUCGAUCGUCUGAGUCUCUUUGGAGAGUUCCCUUUACCGACAGAGCAAGGGAUGUAUCUCUCCAGACGUACAGCCAGAAACACACUUGAUCAAACCCAAUGCCGCUAUAGGCGGAGCAAAGGCGAUGAAAUCCUGAUACUGUGCCAAAUCGAUUCUUUUUGUUUACUGCUGUUGUUUUGCUGUUUUGUUUUGCGGUGAAUACGGUGCUGUGAUACUGUAGUGACUUGGGCCAACAGCCAGCUGUGGAACACUCGUGAGCUCAUGAAGAGGUGACACAUGAAGGGUCACUGUCCAUGUUGGCCAUUUAAUAUACAUCUAAUGUACAAGCUCUCGCUCUCUCUCUUUUUCUCUGUCUCUCUCUCUCUCUAUCUUACUUUCUGUCUGUACCACUUAGCCUUGACAAAUUGAUUUUCCUUAAACUUUCUUUAAACUUCCUUAAACUUUCUUGAGCUUACAUGUGAAGAGUUUCAAAUACUUUAGAUGAAACAAAAACAAGUCAGUUCACGCUGUAAAGCCAUGGCAUCUUCUGUUGAUGUUGUCUCGUUUGAUUAUGAAGUUUUCUUUUGUUAGACUUGAAUCAGUUUGUGAUUAAUCAUUUUUCAGGGCUUUGAUUUUUUUUUUUUGGUUCUUAAAGAUCUUCUUGUAUGUUUGUUGUUUUAUAUUAUGUAAAUAAAGGGAUUGCACAUU